GAAAUCGCGAGUUGAUUUUCGCAAAAGCACGUCGCACUGUUUUGACUCUUUGAAAUCGUGGAAGUGUACGGCCAUUCUUUCCUUCACUCAUCACCGAUGUUAGUGCCGGUUCUUAUGUUCAUCACAAUGUGUGUGUAAGUGAAUGUUGUUUAUCUGUGUUGAUGCGUGCGUUAAUUUUUUUUAUAUCAAAUAGUACUUGAGAGACUAGGUUUUAUCGUGUGUUGUUUAUAACUCAGGUCUCUUUAUCGUUUUGUUUUGAUCCGUUUAUUCGUAUUGUGCGGUACAUGUGUGGUAGUUUUUUAGUGGUUUUUAUAUAUUUAAGUAUUUCAUUCAGUACCGGCUGGCUGUACGGAUAGAAUAAUGUUGCAGUUUGGUAAAAAACACGAUCCUUUAAGCGAGUGGUGUCGGUAUCCUCGAGGAAAAUGUACGUGUACGCGCGGUGUCGGUUACUCGCGUUUGCAAGAAGUUGUAGAAGAGAGUUUUAGGGAUGUGCAAUAUGAAGACCUUCCAUCUACCAGCCAAGAUCAAUCUGAGGAACUCGCCUUUUUCAAUGACAAUGAAAGUUUUCAGUUGGUUGUGGUUGAAAGAAACUUGUGUGCGAGUGAUUUGUGUCAACUUUUAGCUUUAAAAAACAGAUUGUCGAAAAGUGUGCAUUGGAGCAUCGUUGAACAGUGGAAUGACUUAGGAUUAGAAAGACUGGUAGAAGACCACGAAUACGUUUUAGCAGCAUAUAGAGAUAUGAAACGAUUCUCUUACCACGCGAGAUUCAAAUUUAGGUUCAGAAAAGAUUUUAGAAAAUACGAAUUCUUCCAUCAUCCCCAACAAUUCUUUCCUAAUGGGAUGUUGAACAUUGAUAAUGACCCUACAGACGAACAAAAAACUGUGUCUCCGAUUCCCACACAUUUACAGGUAGAGCACAUGGUAAUUCAAGAGGGGUUGUGUCCUGUUAUAUUUUCUCAUGUUUGGAUUCGGGACGAACGCAAAAAAAAUUGGGUGAAAAUGUAUAUGACGCUUAGGGAUCAAAUGCUUUUUAUUUCGCAAAAAAUUCAAUCAUUAGCGAAAUUCAUGAGGACUCCGAAGAACCAAGCUAUAGAAUUGAUUUUGGAGGAUAGGAAAUUCAGCAGCGACGUCGAGGUAUAUGCCGAUAUACGUAAAUUUCACGCAUAUACGACACUUAACGCAAAAAAUCAGUUUCGUGCUCCCACCGAGUGGGGCAUCGUUCUACGACCUACUACGUUAUCUACCGACAAAACGGCGGAAAAUAACGACGAAGACGUCGCCGCCGCUGCCUCGACGCCCUUUCCCAUUACUUCUUCCGACCAAUUACAUUGCCUCGCCUGCGAUUCCGAGCGAGUCCGUUCUUGUUGGGUUAUAGCCAUGCGCCUGGCCAAGUACGGGAAGCAGCUCAGGGAAAACUAUAGGGCUUUUCGGAAUAAACAGGGUGAUAGUAUCAACUCUAAAGACUAUAAUAGCUACUCCGUACCUAAUGAAUCUGUCCGUUCUCGUGUUGCCAUGGAUUUCACAGGAGCAGUGGGAAGGAUAGUGGAAGAUCCACAAGAAGCGACAGCCAUAGCAGUUGCCGAAGGAUACUCUUGGAAACGUCGUUGGAGAGGGUAUACAAGGGGAUCUGCUGGUCCAAGUGGUGUUACAUCAACGGCAUUCGUGCAGUCAUUAGAUGCCGGCAUCCAUAUGACUCAGCCAUGGUUUCACAGCGGACUUCCUAGAGAUAAGGCUACAGAAUUAGUAUCUAAACAUGGUACUGUUGAUGGGGUGUUCCUAGUACGUGAUAGUCGUUCCAGUUCUGGUUCAUAUGUGAUAACCUACAAAUGCGGGGGAAAAGUUAUACACGCCCAAGUUAAUCCGAUUCUAGAUCCUCUUCGGGAUCGUGCCGUUUACUCCAUUGAUAACGGGGUGACGAAAUUCUAUGAUCUGCUUCAACUGGUAGAAUUCUAUCAAUUGAAUGCGGGUUGUCUACCAACAAGGCUGACACAUUAUGUAACAUUUACAUUACAAGAAGAUACCUAUGAUAAACAAAGAGAAUUUUCUCAAAGCAAACCUGGAAGCAGCCACUAAAAUGUAUCUGUGCGCUUUUGUUUGUCAUUUACAUAGACUUUUAUUCAAAUUGUUUAAUAUGGUGAUUUUCUAUUUACUUUAACAAAAUAGAAUUAGGAUGAUUGAUUUUGUGAAUGAUUGAUAGAUGACGAUGCAUGUAUUUAUAUGCUUAAGUCCUUUAAAGGUGCAAUAAUAAUGUUUUACAACAGUUUCGACCUUUUUAAUUACCCAUCAUUAAUAAUAAAAAAUGUAGAUUUAAGAAAAUUCAAUGUUGACGAAUAUUGUGAUGUUACAUGUAAAUCGACUAAAUUCUAUUGAAGAAAUUUAGUUUUCAUAUGAAUUUUUCUUUCAAGUGCAUCUUUAAUAAAAUCAAAAGUCUCGUCAUAUCAACCAUGAUUAGAUUUUUGUUAGUUUCGGUAUUAUUUGUAGGUGUUUAGUUCCAUUGUGAUGUUUUUGAUUGAUACUGUAACUAUAUUUAAUAUUUAAUCCACAACCGCAAAUAAUCCAUGGUCUACUUAUUCUUAAUAAUUGUUAUUAACUAAACCAACAAGCAAAAAGUUAUUUCUCUCUCGGUUACCUACAAUUCACAUAGAUAAAAAAAAACUUUAGCUUAUCUGUAUACCAGAAGUAUUACAUAAGAACUGAUUAAAAUAUAGUCACCUUAUAUUAUAUAAAAAUAAACAAGGGUAAGUAUUUGAUAUUUUAAUAGAAAGUCAGAUUUCUUGUUAAAUUAGUUUUAUUUGAAUUUUUCAAAAUACUUAUUAAGAUUUUUGUACACCUAUAAGUCAAAUAUGCAAAAAGUUCUCAUACAUUAACAUAACCACUUUGAUGCCUAGCAGAAGGUAAUUUAAAAAAAUAUUUCUCAAAUAUUUGGUUAGGAUAUUUGCUGAAGAAGCUACUAUAUAUUUUCUAGUUUCCUAUAUACUUAAUGUUUGUAUUAUUUUUAUCUUUUGCUAGGUAUCCCAAAUUGGUUGGUAGUUUUGAUGAACUCUAUACAUUUUACGAAGGAAAUUAAACUAUACAUUUUGUUACUCUCUAGGAAAAAGAGGAAAUUAUUGAUAAAAAAUGAUGAAAUCUUUUAACUUAACUUUUUAUACCUUCCUAGUUACACCAAUAGUGAUUGCAUUCUGUGGACCAUACCAACACCAACAUAGAUAUUUGAAAACUUUCCAGAUAUUAAAUGAAUGGUAUAAUUGAUGGAAUUUACUGCCAAAAGGAACAAAUUUUCAACUUGUAUAUAAAAAUAAAUUAAAAAUCUAACUUACCAAUUUUCGAAAACAUUACUUUUUGUUAUAAUUAUUUAUUGUAUGCAAAUAGAACCAAAUUUAUCAAAGCUAUUAUGUACAUAUUAACAUGUAAAUUACAUUGAAUUGUUACCUAAAACAUCAAUAUUUAACAUCACUCUUUUGAAAUUUAGAAAUAUAAUCAAAUCGAUAAUUGAAAAAGUUUUUCUGUCUUGUAUAGUGAACCUCAAGCAUAGUUCUGUCUCAAAUAUGUUCCAAGCAGAGAUAAGUAAACAUGUUUUUCCAUUUUUUUUUGUAUCUACAUUCUGAGCAGCUGCCAGUUGCUCCAGAUACAAGGUGCUGUUACUGUGGUUUUUCCAUGCCCUUGAUUUGCAUUAUCCUUUCACUAGUCAUUUGGAGACAACCAGAUACUGUUUGAUCAGUUUUAGUUUUUGGGUUAUAAGUUAAGAAUAAAACUUAGCUGUUGAUCCCAGCUACAUUGAAAACCAACAUAGGCCAUCUUCUGGUAUUCCUUCAACAAUUAUAGUUUAAACGUUGAUCGACGAUAUCAACACCAAUCUUGGUACAAUCAUAGUCAAUAAUUAUUCAUGGUUUGCCUGUUUCUUCGUCCAUGCUGUCGUCAAGGUGCAUUGAGGAGAUCAGAAACACGUUUUUCUUCGGUACUUGUGUAACCAAUAUGCAAUUUUAUCAAAUCUAAAAAUUGUGGUACUGACACACUAGACAAACAUGGGUGGUAUUUGUCUCUUAUUUUUUUUUGGUUCACACAAUCCUUACACGUCAACUAGGUUGGGUUCCUACAUUUACCCUCAUAUUUGCUGUGUAAAAUAUUUUAGCACCAACAAGUGCAAAGAUCUUAAUUUCAUACUUGUUAGGCUUGGAUGGUAAAUAUUAACGGAAGCUACACCGUGCUUUGAACGCCUCCGACUUUCCAUUGAUGGUUACAAACUGUGAAAGAUUAUAGUUUUCUUUACAGUGUGUAACAAACCUACCAAAAUAAUCCCUGAUAAGAGCAAGUUUAUCAGUAGGUUUUUUCGCUUCCCUAGUAGCUCUACUAUCAAAACGCAAAUGUUGCUAAAGGAAUCUAAAACACUGAAGAUGAUGAAGACAUAGUCGAAAUCGUUUGGAAGAACUUCCACCAAUGUUGAACAAUUCUUCGACGUUUAAUAAUAAUAUGAAUAAUUUGCAGAAUAUAAACAUAAGUUAAUAUUUUUUAAUUUUACAAAUUCUGACGAUUUUUAACUCGACUUUGAAAUCGGGUAUGAAAAAAAGUAGUGACAGUGGUAUAUAUCGAAAAAGCUAAACUGAGUAUUUAGAAAUGUCAAGAAAUUUCAAAUUAUAGAAAAUGUAUCAAAUAUAUCUCAUCCUUCAUAGUUUAAGACUACUUACAAGUAUUAUAUUUCUUCUUUUUUGUAUAUAAAGGAUGUGACAAUAGCAAGUAUUUGAAAAUUAGUAUCUAAAAAUUUACACAUUGAAAUAAGUCUAUAGGAAAUUUAGACAUAAACUUUUAUUAUAGUUUUCUAAUGAUAUUAAAAUUUACCUUGUUUCAUCUUCAACCUCUGUAGACUGAUUAACAGGUAGAACAAUUUAAAGAUUAUUAAAAAUCUGCAGCAAUUUAGAUGGCAAUAAAGUGAACUUUAGUUUGGUCUGAAAUAUUAUAUAGACUUACCCUGUACCUAAGUUCUUAGAUACGUAUUGUAGGUUUUUGUGACAUCCUUUAUAAUUUAUAUUUAUUUCAUUUCGAAACGUCCAGUUUUCCUAAUAAAGUUGAUUCAGCCAUAUCAUAUCUGUAACUAUUUCAAAAACCUCACAUCUACUGUAGGUCUAUUAAACAUAGAAGUUACAUGAAAUAUUAAAAUUUAAAUUCUCAGAAUAUUCAAUUCUGGAAAUUUUCAUUUAUUGAUAGCAAUAAACAAUUAGUACUCAAUAAAAAGUGAGCUUGUUAUAAAUAUUUUCUAACUCUGUGGUUUAUUUCAGUCAAAAUGUUUAAUUUAUAUUCUCAUUGUAUAAAUCAAAUCAUUAUUAUUGCACCAUCAUGUAUUUAAAUUUUAUUUUUAUUGUUUGCACUUGAAAGAUAAAAUCUGAAAUAUUUUUUGUAUAUUUUCUGAUUAUAUCCAAAUAAAAUUUUAUUACUUUAACAUUUACUUGUUUUGUUAAAUUUGGGUGUUGUUGUACCUCCAAAACUCGUAAAUCUAAAAAUAAAAAUGACUGCUGCCGUCUAUCUGCAUUGAAAAUUAUUUUAGCAUCUCAUUUGCAUCACUCAACCGCAUAAAUAUGAUUAAUACUUUUUUGUUUUAAAUAAAGUUAAUAUCUGUAAGAAUACUGCUGGUAUAAGCUAAAACUACCACUAUCAUAAAUGAUUACUUAUUACACUUCCACUAAAUAAUAGAAUGGAAGUUGGAUUUAGGAAUUGCAGUAAAUGAUUAUAAGAAGACGCUGUCAUUUUAACUCAUCAGUUAAGAUAGAUGUGAAUCAUAUGGGGGCCAAAUAAAUAAGUGCAGUUAUGCAAUCAUUCUUAUGUUGCUGAAAUGGCUCUAUCCUUUUACCAUUCCGUCAACUUACCAUGAAUUUAUGCCUAGAAGUAUUUAAUCCUACAUGGAAUGUAUAAUUAAAUAAUUGUUGUUUAUUGUAAUGUUUAUUUUCAAUGAUACUCAAAAACUACUUGGUAGAUUCAAUAAAUGUAAAAUUUGAAACCAUUGUAAGAGAAAACCAUUUGAAAAAAUUUUAUUUUAAGUUCAUAUAUACGAAAGGUAGCUUUUAAAUAACGAGACUUGACAAAAAAAAUUCUCAUUUUGAUAAAAUGAUUUGUGAAAAUGAUAUUUUAUUUAUUAUUACCUUCGAUAUAUACUCCUCCUCUAUUCCUACAUCGCUAUAAGCGAAUCUUCUAUUGUAUAAAACAGUGCAGAAAGUCUUUUUAUGUCCGCUCUUUCAGGACGCGUGGCUCUCUUUCUUUCACGCUUCAACAGACUCAAAUAUUGAUCCUAUUAACGCAGAUUUGAUCUUAAAAAAAAGGUAGAAGCCGUACGGGAGAAGAUCCGGCGAAUAAAGUGGUUGAUCUAGCACUGGGAUGUUGUGCUUGGCUAGAAACCUCUUUAGGGACAAAGCGAAAUGAGACACCAGCUUUUCGCACAUUCAAAUUUUUAUGUAAAAUUUUCCGCGCAUACGAAUACUUAGUCGACGGUUAUAUCGAACUACAUUACCUAAUUUUUCUAUAUUUUUAUCUGUUUUGGACGGCGACCCAAACCUGAAUCAUCUUCAAUAUCUUUUCGAUCUAGAAAACGCUUAAACCAUUCGAGAACACGUGUACGCCACAAAUAUUCAUUGCCAUAAGCUUGUUUAAAUAAAUUAUAAGUUUCCCUAUGCAAACGAAGGCCACUGCUACACUGGUUUGUCUACAGAUAGGGUAGGCAUCGUAUUCGAAAGAGUAGGCUUCAGGCUAAACAGCUGACAGUCGGUAACAUUUGCGCAUGGGUAUUUUUUCUAUAGCAAGGCUAGUCUCGUUACUUGAUAGCUACAACCCGUAUGUUAGUUGAUUAUGAAGAUUCUUAACAACUGAGUGAUGAAAUUGAUGCAACAUAUUUUCUGGAAGGGAAUUUUUUUAACUUUAUCAAGAAAAUACAAGAACCAAAUAUAUAUAAAACAAUAUUUGUAGAGAGUUACAUAUGUAUCUAAGAGCGUAUGCUCAAUUAAGGUCAUGAAAGAUUUUCAGCUUUUUAAUCAGUUUCUCUUUCUAUUUUCCUUUGGUUUGUUAUAGAUUUUUGUGAAUGAUGAAAAGGUUUUUCCAUAUAUGCUUUUUUCCAAUAGAUAUACUAAUCAGCCUCUUUUUUAUAUUUGCAUCUAGUAUACCUCUUUCUGACACAAUAAAUAUACAAAAAUAUUUUGGUCCUUUCCCAUAUCCCAUUCCAUAUUUAGUGUUUUUCAAAUAGUUUCACGUUUUUUCAUAUUUUUGUAAGUUUCGCAGUAUACAUAAAGGACUUCUCCAAUAUCUGAUAUAAAAAACGAAAAUUCAAUCAAAUUAUUUACAAACAAAUAUAUCAAAUAUGAAUUGAACCAUAAAUUUUUCAUAGUCUAAUUACAUUAAUGAUUUACAGUAUUAUGUGUUCUUACUUUUGACGUCAUUAUAUAUUAAAACAUGACGGCAAUAAAAAUAUGGAAAUGAGUAACAUCAAAGAUAAUUGAAAUUAAACAAUAAUAUUAUCAUAUAUGCUUGAUUAUGAACAUACAUAACUGCCUAAUUAAAAUUCUCUAUAAAGUUUUUUCUUAAGGCAGUUGGAAUAAAAUCUGGGCAAAGUUUUAUAAGCUUUCCCAAGCUUUUUCCAUUCAUUUCUGUCUCACAUGCAAUGCACUAUUUGCAUUUAAUUCUUUCUGGGUUUUUUUAUUGCAUAUCAAAAACUGAUCUCUCUUUUUAUGUUUAUCAUAUAAAUUUUUGUUAUGGCUAGACUGGUCUAAUUCUUGAUUUAUCAUAUAGAUUUCAUAGUUUCUCCAAAUUACUGUAUCAUUUUCUUAUAGAUAUUAUGUAUUAGCAAAAUAUAUCUAGAAUAUCAAACGCUUUACGAUAUUCAAUAAAUGCUAGGUGCAGAUCUAGGUAUAAUAGAAAAAAAGCUAAAUACAUUAAAAAUCUUUAGAUCUAUCACCAACAAAAAACUUCUCACGCUAUAAAAGCUCCUGAUAAUGGUAUACAAUAAAUACAAUUUUUUCUUUAACAAAGAGACUGAACAAACAAUGGAAAUAUUAGCCUUUUUAAUAUUUUAAACUUUCUCAAAUUUAAAUUUAAUGUAGUAGAUAUAUUUAAUAACAAAAUAAACUGGUAGUUUUACCUGAAAGUAAACCUAAAAAUUUACUGUCUAUAUAGGUGAAAAUAUAACCAAAACAAGCACUGUAAUCUGAUCAAAUUGAUAUAGAAAUUUCUAAUGUCAAAUAUAAAAUUUGUACUUGUUCUCCAAUAUAUGACCACAUAAUAUAUAAUUAUCUUAAGCAUGUCUUGUAAAUCUAUAACUUUUCAAUUUCACUGCAAACUUUAGUGUAACACAAGAUAUGAACUUGUAUAAAAAUUAAUAGACUAAAGUUUCAGAUUCAAGAUGCGAUCUGGUCUAAUUUAGAUACCUCUUCUAACUCACUUUUUCUAUAAAAUCACAGUUUUUGUAUUGUAGUUUCAUGAGGAAAUAAAUUUAUAUUUGAUG